UAGUCAACACAGCUUUCAAGCGCAAGCGGGUCCAAUCGUAGUGUCGAGUCAGAGGAACUGCUCGCCCACCGUAACACACAUUCAGCCGGAUUUAACUCAGUAAAAUCUUCUGUAUGAUCGGGGGACACCAAAACGCAGUAUGGUCCGGGAAACCAGACAUUUAUGGGUGGGGAAUUUACCAGAAAAUGUACGAGAGGAAAAAAUUAUCGAGCACUUCAAACGGUAUGGACGUGUGGAGAGUGUCAAAGUGCUCCCAAAACGUGGAUCAGAGGGUGGAGUGGCAGCUUUUGUGGAUUUUGUGGACAUUAAGAGUGCUCAGAAAGCUCAUAAUUCUAUCAACAAGAUGGGAGACAGGGACCUACGCACUGAUUACAAUGAGCCAGGAACUAUUCCCAGUGCAGCUCGAGGCCUGGAUGAUAGCCUGUCCAUAGCCACUCGUGGGCGGGAUGUUUCAGGGUUCACAAGGGGGGCGGGGGGCCCUGUGUAUGGGCCCCCUGUGUCACUCCACAGCAGAGAGGGACGCUUUGAACGCAGACUAGACGGGGCUGCGGACGGUCAAGAGCGGUCUUACGAUCACAGUGCCUAUGGACACCAUGAGCGUAGCAGCAGCAACAGCAGUAGUUUCGAUCACCAACGUCACUACGAAACCGAUUAUUACAGAGACUCUAGGGACCGGGCCCUCAGUGGAGCUAGCGGGAGUGCCAGUUCUGCCAGUGGCAGCAUUGGAGGCGGCUCAUCAGGGGCCAUUGUAGGUGUUGCAGGGAGUGUUGCAGGAAGCACCGGUGCUGGUGGAAACACUAGCAGCGCUGCUGGAGUAGGAAGUGGCAGCUCGACACCGGGAGGCAUUGUCUACUAUGGUUCACGAAGCCGGAGCCCUACUCGUUUUGAGACUACAGAGACUCGCUAUGAAUCCCGUGCCCGUGAAGCUUUCACACUCGCCAGUGUGGUCCAUCGGGAAUUAUACAUAGAAGAAAGAGGCAGACGAGUAGAAAGGACAUACCACCACAGUCGCAGUCGUUCACCACACUCUUCGCAAUCACACAAUCCAUCACCACAGAGGCUGCCGAGUCAAGCAGUGCGGCUGGCACGCUCCCGCAGUGGCUCAGGAUCCCGCAGUCGUUCCUCCAGCUCUGACUCUGUCAGCAGCACCAGCGGCAGUGGCAGUAGUGAUUCCAGCAGCAGUUCCAGUGAUCGGUCUCCAGCUAGAUCUGUUCAGUCAGCAGCUGUACCUGCCCCUUCUGCUCAGCCCCUACCUUCACUGGACAAAGAUGAACCUCGCAAAAGUUUUGGUAUCAAAGUGCAGAAUCUCCCUGUGCGCUCAACAGAUACAAGCCUGAAGGAUGGUCUUUUCCAUGAAUUUAAGAAACAUGGCAAAGUCACAUCAGUUCAAAUCCAUGGUGCCUCUGAGGAACGAUAUGGAUUAGUGUUCUUUCGCCAGCAAGAGGACCAAGAAAAAGCUUUAAGUGCAUCUAAAGGGAAGCUGUUUUUUGGCAUGCAAAUUGAUGUCACUGCUUGGCAUGGCCCAGAAACAGAGAGUGAGAAUGAGUUCCGACCUUUGGAUGAACGUAUAGAUGAGUUUCACCCCAAAGCUACAAGGACAUUAUUCAUAGGAAAUUUGGAGAAAACCACAACUUAUCAUGACUUGCUUAACAUAUUUCAGCGUUUUGGAGAGAUUGUUGAUAUCGAUAUAAAAAAGGUAAAUGGUUCCCCACAAUAUGCCUUUCUCCAGUAUUGUGACAUAGCAAGUGUCUGUAAAGCAAUUAAGAAAAUGGAUGGUGAAUACCUUGGCAACAACAGGUUAAAGCUUGGUUUUGGCAAAAGUAUGCCUACAACAUGUGUAUGGUUGGACGGCUUGUCCUCCAGUAUUACCGAGCAGUAUCUCACAAGGCACUUUUGUCGUUAUGGACAUGUUGUAAAGGUUGUGUUCGACCGACUAAAAGGAAUGGCCCUCAUCUUGUAUAAUAAUAUAGAGUAUGCACAGGCCGCUGUCAAGGAAACAAAGGGUUGGAAAAUUGGAGGAAAUAAAAUAAAGGUUGACUUUGCCAACCAGGAAAGCCAGAUGACUUUUUACCGUUCAAUGCAGGCAUCUGGACAAGACAUAAGAGAUUUCUAUGAAAUCAUAAAUGAACGAAGAGAUGAGCGCCGACCGCCAUAUCAUGAGUUCACAGCUGAACGGGCAUACUAUGAGAAUGUGCGUUCCCCAGGUUCCUACACAGAAGAUCCACGUCGGAAAUAUCCUGCCAGAAGUCGAGAGUUUUAUUCAGAAUGGGAUCCUUAUCAAGGAGAUUAUUAUGACCCACGAUACUAUGAUGACCCCCGUGAAUACAGGGAUUAUAGAGACCCAUAUGAGCAGGAUAUUCGGAAGUACAGCUACUUACAAAGAGAGCGUGAAAGGGAAAGAGAGCGAUUUGAAACGGAUCGUGAACGAGACCACGGUCGACGAACAACUGAACACAAUCAAAGCCCAUCCCAUCCACGUCGUCCUGCUAGUCCUGCUGCCUCCCCAUCCCUUUCUGAACAUCCUCCCAGUGACUCUGAACAUCGUGUUUACAGCCACUCAUCUGAGCGAAGUGGCAGCUGCAGCUCACUUUCUCCACCACGACUUGAAAAGCCAGAUAAAAUUCGUUUGGAGAGGCACAAUAGGAGUGAUAAAUCAGAGAAAGACAAAUCAAUUUUUGAGGCAGAGCGUGGAAAUGGAGGAGAAAAAGACAGACGUGCUGGACGUAAGGAAAAAGGUGACAAGGACAGGACUGAGAAGCCAAAGCUGAGGAAAUUGAAACUUGCAUCCCCUACUGUUCCAUCAUCAGAGCCAGACAUUGAACUUGACAGGGACACCAGCGCAGACGCUAUCUUAACUCUGCGAGGUAAAUCCAGCAAAUCAUUGAACAAAGACUACUCUGGAAAAGGAAAACUUGAUCUGCCACCUUGUGUUGUCCAGCUGACAAGAGUAAAGGAGAAGGAAGGGAAGUUAAUAGACAGUAUCCUCAGUGAGAAACAAAAAACAAAGGUUGGGAGUGACCCUGUUCGGUCUCCAACCACCCCACCCUCUGCUGAUGACAAAAGUAUGCCUUUCCGCAUAGAGACUCAGGCUAGAGAUUUCUUUAAGCAUGGAAAACAUCUCAAGGAGAAAGGCUUGGCUAGUCAAGUUGAGGUUGUGGAUAAAGAGGGAAAAGUUAAAAACAAAAAAUACUUCAAAACUGAUUUUGCAUUUGACACUAGCUCUUCUGUGGAUGCCGACCGCUUGGCUGCACGGAAGAGGCGCUUUGAAGAAACUUCUGGAAAGGCUGACAAUUUAAGGAAGAUAAGUCAGGAGGAGGAUGAAGUGAAGUUAAGGACAAUUAUUGAUGAAUCAUUGCUGAAAGACAUUGAUUAUGAUAAAAAGAUGCAACGAAAAGAAGCGUAUAAAAGAGAAAAAAUUAAGCUAGAGAGGAUGAUUACUGUUAAUACUACAAAAGAAGAGCUAGACACUGUAAUGUCAGUAGGCCUCAGUCUAGACCUUCAGGCUCGACUUGGGGAACCAACUGAGGAGGCAACAGAUCCCUUAGAUAGCCUUGAUCAAAAGACCAGUACUGUUGGAGCUCAAAGUCAACCAAGUUUCAGUCUUGCAGACUCUGAUGAUGGAAGUAUAGAUAUGGAAUUUUCAAGAGACCAAGAACAGCAGCACUUAACUAGCUACCACAUACUCUCCUCAAGGCUAGAAAGAGAUCCUGAAAGUAAAGAAAGUUUGCUCUCAGACAUUGAUCACUCACAGAGUUGCAGAAAACAAAUGGAGCAGAACCGUCGCCUACAUCAGGAAUUGCUAGAGUAUGAUAAAUCUGAUAAAACUGAAAGCACACCCAGCACUGGUGCAGAGGACUUUGAGCAUCGAAGUCUUGUGCAUGAGAUAGGAAAACCACCUCAAGAUGUAACUGGCGAUUCACCACCCAGCAAGCGAAAGAAGUCAGGACCAUUUGAAUUAGAUUUUGGCACUAAAAGACAGAGAGAUUAUCAGAGGUUCAGACAGAUAAAUGAUGAACCUGAAAGGAGACUUGCUUCGCUUCCAGGGACACCCUUUGCUGAGGAUGCAUCACAAUUGCUGGAAAAAGAGCCAGGUUCACCUGUGGCAAUGAAUAAAAAUUGCUUGCAUUUUGAUGUAUCUAAAUACAAUAUUGGCAACGCAGUGCGCCAAGGGCUUUCAUCGCAUGCAGAGAUUUUGAAAGUGAAAACAUCAGUCACAGAAGAGGAGUUCUGUUGGGAGAGCAAUAUUAGGCAGGGCACAUUGAGAGGAGAAAUGAGUUUCCCCACCAGCAUUGUUAAACGGGAAAGUAUCCGAAAACGUCCAGAACGUGAAUUAGAACCCGGGGAGGUUCAGACAGACUCUGAUGAAGAUAGUGAAAGCAGACACCUUUCACUAAAGCCAAACUCUUUCAAAAGAGAGCAUGAAGAGAGGCUUUCAGAUGUGAAGUCUUCUGAGUCACUUGAAAAGAACAAGUUCUAUGAAUUUGCAUUGGAUAAGACCAUAACACCAGACACCAAAGCUUUGCUUGAGCGUGCUAAGUCACUGUCCUCAUCUAGGGAAGAAAAUUGGUCUUUCCUUGGUCAUGACUCACAAUUCAAAAGCUUUCGGAAUAGCACAGACAAAGAGAAGUCUGAACCCACUCCAAGGCCAAUUCCGUCUUGGUACAUGAAAAAAAAGAAAAUUCGCUCUGAUUCUGAUGGAAAGCUUGAUGAUAAAAAGAAGGAUGCCAAGCCUGAUGAACAAGAACGACAAGAGCUCUUUGCUUCACGCUUCCUUCAUAGCUCUAUCUUUGAACAGGACUCAAGGCGACUUCAGCACCUUGAGUGGAAAAAUAAUGACCCUGAAGUUAGAGUUGGUAGAGAUAGUAUUACAAGUGAUUCCAAAGGGGAACAAGUUGGAGCAGGAGGAUCAGACCUCUCUCAAGAACCAAGAGUACUUUUUCAUAGUCGUUUCUUAGAACUUCAGCAAAGAGAUAAGAACCAACAGCUGCCAGUUUCGGAAAGAUUUAGUCUAACUGAGGAGGAGGAGGAAAAGACAUUGGAUGAAGAGUUUGGGCCUUCCCCCAAUGUAUCAGAAAUUUCCCAAGAGUUAACAGUUAGUCAUAUUCCAGCUACAACAUCACCAAUGUCUCGGUCUAAAGUUUCAGAAACUUCUGUGCAGCAUGACAAGCCAGUUUUGCCCUCAAACAAAGAUGGUCCAGAAAUAGUGACUGAGCAGUCAGAAGAUGCUCCAGUAGAUUCUCUGCCAUCAAUUAGCCUAAAGGAGGAGAACACAGCUGUUAUAGUGAGUGCUAUGCCCACUGAACCCAUGAUAAAAGAAGAUGUAACUGUCAAAGAACUUAAUGAAAAGCUGAGCGAGUCCAUAAGAGCUGUAAACCCACCUGUUGAACUGGAUAUUGAUGUCAAACCUCUUACUCCUGCUGCAUCUCUAAGUAAUAUUGAGCCAGAAUGUGAUCCUUUUCAGGGAUCUUCUGCAACAUUUUCAAAGCCCUGUCAACCUCAAGAGAUCGGAGAGCUUUCAGAAACAAAAACGGAACCUGUUUAUGCUUCUCUUCACAAGGUUGCAUCCCCACUGGAUGUGGAGCUGCCAGAAACAGAACCUGAGGUUGAACAGGUACAUCCACUACAUAAACAACCCAAGAGUAAAAAGGUAAAAACUGCCUCACCAACACCAAUCCCUCAGGUUGCUAAUGAGAAACCAGCUACACGAAAGAGUGAACGCAUUGAUAAAGAAAAGCUGAAAAGAUCCUCAUCUCCCAGAGGAGACUCUACAAAACUUAUUGCUGACCCCAAAAACUCGGCAAAAUCUCCAGUUCAUGCAACAGAUUCAGAUCAGGGCCUUGAAUCAAACACAAGCCAUGGCAAAACACGGCAGAGACGGAAUGUGCGAUCUGUCUAUGCAACACCCCAUGAGGAUGAGGCUUCUCAACAACCAGGAAAAGAAAUUACAGAACCUCCUCGUUCAACCCGUAAGCGCUGUAGUGAUAAGGAGGCUGCAACACAACAUAUGGUAACCACACCUGGCAAGAGAGGUCGUCCACCCAAGACUCGCAAAAGAGGUGAUGAUAUGUCUCCAGUUAAAGGAGAUCAGACAAAAAAUUCUGAGAGUGAAGAUACUGAAAAUAAGGAGUCAACAAGUAGUGGAGAAAUAUCUAAAACAGCAGAGACUUGGCGCUCUCCGCGAUCCCAAAAGGGGCAGUCUUCACCAAUAAGAGCAGGGCAAAUUAGAAAAACAUUGAAAUUGGACAAAGUUUCAAGUAGCCCAGAACCCAUUCAGUCAGACACAGCAGCGGUUGAUGUGUCACCUGCCCUAGAUCACCAGAAUGAAUCCAAAGAUGAAACUUCAAUGCAAGUUGGACAAUUGUCACAAGAUACCAAACAACAUAACAUAUCUAAAAGAGAAAAGGGACUUGCACAUCCUGCUGAAGAAAAAUCAACAGAUAACAAUAUAGAAAUCACUUCUGUAGAAAAAACACAGGCAUUAGAUCAGAAGAAAGUCAAGGCAUCAAGGUCAACCCGGAACACCAAAUUGAUACCUGAUGAUAAGUCUGUCAAUGUUGGUAAUCUCACUGUGGAUACAGUUAAGGAUGCCCUUCAUUCAGGUGAUAACAAAGUUGUAAGUUUGGAAGGGUCUUUGAAAACCAAAACCACACAGAUAGUAAACGAAGACUCAACCAUCCCAAUUUACCACAACGAGGAAGAUGUUCACAGUCCUGAGGAAAAGGAGGGGACUCUUUCAGAAAUGGAGCCUCCUACUGAUCCUGUGGCUGCCUUGCUUGCCCGUCAAAUGGAACUGGAAAGAGCAGUGGAGAAUAUUUCAAGACUUACAGACGAACAGCAUCCAGCACCUUACAAAGAGCCUCGUGCUGAACCAGCUACCCUAACAUCACCAGUUAUAGUACAACGUGCAGAUGAUGCAGAAGUAGAAAAGCCUGCCAAUCCAGCAAGUGAAACUGAACUGGCUGCUGCAAUGAUUGUGGCACUGUCUACACCAGGAGUUGGGGGACCCCCAGCAAAUCCCCCCAUGCCCCCUGACACAAAGGCCUCUGAUAUUGACCCAAGCUCCAGCACACUGCGAAAGAUUCUAAUGGAACCGAAGUAUGUGUCUGCUUCAAAUAGCAAUGCUGUCCCAAGUAUGCAGUUCACUACCACAUUAGCAGAUCCACGGAUGUCUGGUAAUAAAAAUUCAGUUGAGGCUGUGCUGCCUUUAAAGACUUCUCUACCCGAAGACAGACCUAGCCCUGUAACUCAACUUGUACCCCGUACAGCACCAACCCAGCCACCUACUCUGCAACAAUGUGAGUCACCACAGAUCCUAAAGGAAAAACUGGCUAUAACUUCCACCGCUACUUCAGUAAUUAGUCGGAUCCCUAUGCCCUUUGAUUUUGAGGACACUCCUCACAUCUCGUUAAGCAACCGUAGCCCUGGUAUGUCCUUACCCAAGCAGAAGUAUCGUACAGGCUUGAAUGAAAAUAGCAGGUAUCAGGGGCUUAACCCCUCUGAUGAUGCCGGAAGUGUUGGGCGCCCUGUUGUCGAAAGCACACAUUGUAACACAGGGUCAAGUACUGGUUUGAGGGUCAAUACAUCCGAAGGUGUGGUAGUUUUGAGUUAUUCUGGACAAAAGACAGAGGGACCACAGCGGAUCAUUGCUAAAAUAAGUCAAAUCCCACCAGCCAGUGCCAUGGAUAUAGAGUUUCAGCAGUCUGUAACAAAAUCACAGAUAAAACAAGAACCACCAUCUCACCCCUCUACCCCAAAAGGAUCACAGACACCUACAGGUUAUGGACACGCAGGGGUAGUAUUAGCUGGCCAAACAUUCAGUGCUCAGCCUGUUAUUUCCUCAGUUAAUCAGGAAAGUCUUAGCUCUGAAAAAUCUGAACCAUCCUACCACACUGCUCUACAAGCAGGUUCUGUGAAAACCUUCCAGCAAUCCACAAGCCAUCCUCAACUUCUGAGGUAUGGUCAGUCAAUUACACAGCAGCAGCAUAUUAAGAAAAAUGGAGCAACUGAAACGGUUUCAAUGAAAGCUGAGAUAAAACCAUCAAGUUUUUUCUAUGUUAAAACAGUUUUAAGUCCACACCACCCAUCUCUGGCAGGCAAUCACAUCCUAAGUCCAAGUACUGCACAUGAAAGGGUGGUCUCACAACCCAAGCAAGAUUCACAUUCUCCAAGGGCAUCAGGCCAUUCCACGUCACCCUUUCCAAAAAUUUGUCCUCCUACCAGCUUGGUUGUUUUGGGACCAGCUGGUCCUAUAUCUCAGUAUGUGUCAAAUAAACACCAUGCUGAGCAGUCGGUGAUCAUGCCCCCUCAUAGUGUCACCCAAUCUGUGCCUAUAGGUCAUUUGUCCCAAGGAGAUGUCAGAGCCAGUACUCCAUCAUUAUCUGGAAUAGGUUAUGGAAUCCGUUCAGAAAAUCUAUUAUCACCUCGAUCUGCACCUCCACAGCGCUCCAUGACUCCUCAGCCUGCAGUGAUCAGAGAUGUACUGAAGUCACAUGCAAGUUCAUCUGUUGAUGGUCAAGUUGUUGGGACAAGCAAUGAUGAUCUGCAGAGUCUCCCUCAAGGACUUCGUAGAGCUUCUGCACCACAGUUACAACCGGAAAGCAUAGUAAUGCAGCCCGAAUUCAAAGGUCUGCAUCACAGAGCAUUGUGUCUAGAUCAGUAUGCCAGAGAUGUGCAUCUACUUGUGCACCAGCAUUUGACUGACCAUCCAGGCGUUGUUGAAAGUCACCAAACUCGAACACCAGAGGCAAUGCAGUCGCCUUCACACAUAUCAUCUACUACUUCUAAAGUCUCCCCUGUGGUAAAGAACGCUCCACAGACUGUGAGGGAUGCACCAAAAGCAAUGGAGCUUAAGAUGCCACCCUCCCCUCACUCUGACAAUAGGAUAAUAGGACACCCACCUGGCUCUGUGAUGGUAUCUCCUCAAGGAGUUCAGUUGAUUCAUUCUGGAAAUGCAAACUCCAUGUCUGAAUACUACAGAGAAAUGCGUGGCUUCCAUCCUCAGUAUCCAAGUCAUUCAGUAAUUGGAAUUAACUUGGCUAAUCGUGGAAUAGCUGCGUCACAGGUCUCACAAAUUGAUCAUGGUCAGAGACACAAGGUUCCCUCUGUCUCCUCCAUUGAGUCUGUGGGAAGUUAUGGAGAAUCAAAACUUGACGGUUCUCACAUUCGACACCCAAGCUCCAUGGAUUUGUCUCACAUAUCACGGGUUCAGGGUGAGACUGGCUCCCCCUCUUACACUUCUCCAGUGACUAUAACACCCAAAUUGGAGUUGCCUAUCUCCGUGCAGAAGGGACCUAACCAGAUGCCACCGCCAUCCUCAGCCAGUUCUCAGAUGCGAUCAGACUUUAAACUUGACCGCACAGGACUUCGGUCUGUUGAUAUGGUGCAGUUGUUAACGAAAUACCCAAUUAUUUGGCAAGGUCACCUGGCACUUAAGAAUGACACUGCAGCAGUACAGCUGCACUUUGUGUCUGGUAACAGUGUUCUGGCUCACCGGUCACUGCCGCCACCAGAAGGAGGUGCCUUUCUUCGCAUUGCCCAGAGAAUGCGCUUAGAGGCCUCACAACUUGAGGGAGUUGCAAGACGUAUGACUGCUGAAAAUGAAUACUGCCUUCUGUUGGCAUUGCCUUGUGGACUGGACCAAGAGGAUGUCCACAACCAGACCCAUGCUCUUAAAACUGGUUUCAUCACUUACCUGCAAGCAAAACAAGCUGCUGGAAUUAUCAAUGUCCCAAACCCAGGCUCAAAUCAGCCAGCCUAUGUUGUCCAGAUUUUCCCUCCUUGCGAGUUUUCUGAAAGCCACUUGUCUCAUCUUGCUCCAGACCUUCUCAAUAGCAUCUCCAGUAUCUCUCCACAUCUUAUGAUUGUUAUAGCUUCUGUAUAAGAGGGAGAUCCCAGCUUCCCACACCAACAUGCCAACACCAGCCUUUGAGACUUAACAUUUUUUUUUGUUUUUGUACUCUGGAAAGCACCUCAAUGUUAGUCAAGUUUACUCCUUUUUGGCCAUGUAUUCACUCUUUUUUUUUUUUUGUUCUUUCACCAGCCUUUUAAUCCAUUGACUCAUUGCCGCAUCCGUUUAACUGUGUAUCACCUUAUAGUACACCGAGAUAAAUGGAGCUAUUUACAACGAUCAAUUCUCUGAUCAUUUUUUUUUCUUUUCUUUUUCUUCUUUUGGAGAUUUGUAUCUAUGGUUUUUAAAACACUGAAGAUCUUUGGGAUUAUUAGGACGUGGUUAAGAAACGUUUUAUUGAUUAAGAUUUAUUUUCUGAAGAAUAAUCAGACCAAUCAUUGCACUAUGUUAUGAAAAUAAAAAAAAAAGAAGAAAAACAAGUUUACAAAUUUGGUUAUUGAAAUUGUAAUUUUACUUUAUUACUUUGCUUCAUUCACCAGCCGUUUUUGUGGUAGAGACUAAAAAUGUUAUCAAGUCAAAGUAGUUCAAUUAAAUUCCUUUGACACAUUUUAUAAAAACACAAAAAUAAUAAAUAAUAAUGUAAUAUAAAGCAGCUACUGUUCAAUCAUAAGUAAACAAGUUACUUCCAUGUUAUUUGUAGAAAUGGCUCUCAAUAUAGUCCUUGUUAUCUCCGAAAGGGAUAAAAUGUGGGAGCAUUGUGAGUUGUACAGUUUACACUUGAUGCCUCAAUUGGGGAUUGUAUGAAUACUUUUUUUUCGCUUUCCUCUUAAUACUUGCAAAGUGAAUCGGGCGAAGGCCUGGUUGUAAAUAUGAUGUAUAUUUAAAGACUUUCAAAGCAGUUGACAAGCAUAACAAGAUUGACAGCCUCUUGCCGUCAACCGUGAAAUUGAACUGUCAGUUACCACUUGAGUAUCAUUUCAGAUUUCUAUUUUGUUGACGUUUUUGAAAUCCAUCCUGUGCCAUAAUUUUUAAAUGGAGAAAACGAUUCAUCGUUUUAUUUUGAUACUUGACUUUGUAUUUGUCACUUGAUCUUUAAGGUCUGCUUUUACAUUGCCUUGUUUUAUGCUUUUUGUCCCCUACCUCUAUUUCUACCUUUUUUAUUUUCAUGUCAGUAACUAUUGGGGGGGAUCUUGACACUGUCCUUAGGACCCCCGAAGUGUUAAAUUCUGUUUUCCACUGUUUCUUUCUUGGUUUUUUGAACAUACCUCUGAAUGUCCAACAAGAACAGUGCAAUGCAAGUGGUAAAUAUACUUUGUAAAGAGAAAAAAAAACAAUGAAAAUAUGUACAAAUCUGUCAGGAGACAUGAUAGAGACCGGCUUUUUUGGUCUCCUUUCUUGAUUGGUGUCUCCUUGAGCCAAGCUGUAAAUAAUCAUUUUCAUUUUGUGUUGCUUUUUUUUUCUCUGUCUUUGUUUUGUAAGACAAAACAAAAGUAUGUAAAGAAAACCGAUGCAGAAAGUAAACCAUGAGUCUUAGUUUUGCAGUUUCUUUGGGUUACUACAAAUUCUCUCAUGGUCAUUUUGAAGGCACUUACAUUUUUGAUAUACAAAUUUAAAAUAUCAAAAUGCCAAAAGGAAGAGUAAACGGAUACAGCUGAUCUUAAAAUUUUGUCUGAUUUAUCUUAUUUCAUCAUUUUGAGUGUAUUUUGCGGUUCCUCUAUGAGGACAUUUAAAGAUGUAAAAUAAAUUUUGUUU